AUGUCUUUCUACAACAAGAAUGAAAUAUGGUCCAUUGAAUUAAUCUUGGUCGAUGAACAAGGGAGCAAAAUACAAGCAUCGGUCCCUAAAAAAUUCCUCUAUCGAUUCAAAAAAAUUUUAAAAGAUGGGAAGUCAUAUUACAUCACAUCUCCAAGCUUUGCAUCUCUGAAGCCUAAUACUUUUAUGUUAAUUCCCCAAGAUCAAAAACUCACGUUUGUGCAGGAAACCGUUGUUAAAGAAUGUACCCAAUUUAGCGGGCCUAAAUUUGGUUUUUCUUUUGUUGAUUUUCAAUCUGUGCUGUCAAUGGUUCAUCCUCAAAAUUUGUCACUCGAUGUUAUUGGAUUGGUUGUUGCUGUUGGGGAAAUGACAAGAGAAAACACUGAGAAGUCCAAACACAAGAUUCACAUCCAUAUCCAGAAUGAAAAUGGUUUGGAAAUACGCUUGGUUUUGUGGGGUGAUUAUGCGUACCAAAUGCAAGAGUAUAUACAAGACAAUCCACACAAUCUUCAAAUCAUUGUUAUACUUCAGUUUGCGCAAAUUAAUGUUUGGAGAGAUCGCCCCAGUGUCAACACCUACUAUACAUCCUCAAGAUUGUUCAUUAACUCCGACAUAGAUGAAAUUUCUGUUUUCAAGAAAAGGUUACAAAGGGAUGAUCGUCCUGAUUCCUCUUCACAUACUUUUUCACUUAUUCCUGCCAACCAAGUUUCUGAAUAUGAUGACUUCAUGGUUAAAAAUAAGCUCAAGACUAUUUCUGAAGUUUGGGAACUAGUGGAGAUAUGUACAUUCAUUCUUGUGGGCACUAUAAAAGGAAUAUUACAAAAUGAAAAAUGGUUCUAUCAAGCGUGUACAAACUGCAGUAGCAAAGCAGUCCCUAACAAUAAUCAAGUAGAUGGAACAGCUAAAUCUUAUGAAUGUCAUAACAAUGGAGACAAUGUUGAUUUGUACCCAAUGGAGAUGAAUGCAUUGAAAGGGUUGAAAUUUGCCUUUAAGAUUUCUUCAAAUAGAUUCAAUGUGUCCAAAAAAACCAACCAAUAUGGUAUUGUUAGAAUUUCUGAUGAUAACAGUUUAAUCGAACAACUUGAAGAUAAAUUUAAUUCUUCUCAAGCAGAUAAUUCACAGUCAUUAGAUGUUAAUUCAUCUGAUUUUCAAUCUCUUGACAACAAGACUUUAAAGGAUGCAAUUUCUGCUACGGAUGAUAACAUAACUCCCAACACUUUGGACAAAAACUCGGCAACAAGUCCACUGAAGAUUUCAACAACACCAGUUUUAAAGAGAAAUCUGCAAGAAGUUUUUGAUUUGGAGUCUAAUGAAAAAUUUUCAUCGUCAAAAACUCCAAAGACAUCCCCAGAUGGUUCAACAAAAGAAUUGUUGAAGGUAAAGGUGGAAAAGAAUGUCUGA